AGCUUGAAUGAGAUCAUGCACAGUUUUAACUUUGUGCAUUGUUUUUGUCCUUCAUUACUAAAACUGAGAACUGAAUAAACAUACACAACAACUUUAAAAUCAUACAGAUAUGCUUUUAGCAAUUUAACACACUACUUUUCAAAAACUGCUAAAUGAUAAAGAUAUAGAAUAUUUUCACUCAUUAAGAACAGACUUAAUAACAGAAGAAUUAUAACAUUAUAUUCAAAUGCAGCGAGUGAACAGGAGGGUCCAACUCUGUCGUGGGAGGAUUCACAACAGCUUGAGUUUUUUCAGAGGAUAGUUUCAUGAGACCACACACUGAACCGCUGUAGAAAAUGCUUCACAUGUUGGUUUUGCUCUGUCUGUGCUGCUGGAGUCUGACUGGUGUGUUUGGUGAUUCAGUGUCAGUGAUGGAGGGAGAUUCUGUCACUUUAUACACUGAUCCUACUGAAAUACAUGAAGAUGACUACAUACUGUGGACAUUUGGAGCUGAAAACUCUCUCAUAGCUAAAAUAAAGAAAAAGAAUCAAACCUUCAACACAUAUAAUGGUACUGAUGAGAGAUUCAGAGACAGACUGAAGCUGGACGAUCAAACUGGAUCUCUGACCAUCACAAACAUCACAACUGAACAUACUGGAGUUUAUAAACUACAGAUAAUUGGAGUGAAACAAUCAUCAAAAACAUUCAGUGUUUCUGUCUAUGCUCGUCUGCCUGUUCCUGUCAUCAGCAGUAACUCUUCACAAUGUUCUUCUUCAUCAUUAUCUUCAAAUUGUUCAUUGGUGUGUUCAGCUGUGAAUGUGAGUCAUGUGACUCUCUCCUGGUACAAAGGAAACAGUUUAUUGUCCAGCAUCAGUGUGUCUGAUCUCAGCAUCAGUCUCUCUCUACCUCUGGAGGUGGAAUAUCAGGAUAACAACACCUACAGCUGUGUGCUGAACAAUCCCAUCAGCAACCAGACUCAACAUCUGGACAUCACUCAACUCUGUCACACAUGUGCAGUUCCUCCAGUCUCAGUGUCUCUGAUAGUGUUGAUCUCUGCUGGAUCUCUGUUGAUUAUAUCUCUGUUCGGGAUCUUCUGCAUCUGCGGAAAAUGUAGAAAAACAGACCAACUAGUUCAGAUUUGUGAAGAUGAGAAAACUUCAGCCGUUCUGUUUCAUCAUUCAACGCUCUACGAAAGAAACAUACAUAAAUCAGUAAGAUUUAUUUACAAGAAAAAUCACAAUAAAGACAUAAUAUUACAAAAGUUUCUAUUUCAGAUAAAUGCUGUUCAUUUGAACUUUCUAUUCAUCAAAGAACCCUAAAAAAUGUACAAAAAAUGUACUGUUUUCAACAUUGAUAAUAAUCAGAAAUCUUUGUUGAGCAGCAAAUCAUCAUAUCAGAAUGAUUUCUGAAGGAUCAUGUGACACUGAAGACUGGAGGAAUGAUGCUGAAAAUUCAGCUUUGAUCACAGGAAUAAAUAAUAUUUUACAAUAUAUUCACAUAGAAAACAGGUAUUUUAAAUAGUAAAAAAAAUACAAUAUUAUUGUUUUUGUGUGUCUUUGAGCAAAUAAACGCAGCCUUGGUGAGUAGAAAAGGCUUGUUUUAAAAACAUUAAAAAUUUUGCCAUUCUAAAACUUAUGGUAGCGUAGAGUAUAUGGUAGUGUAUAUAAAACUUGUGGUAGAUUUUAUUUUAUUUAUACAGUAAUUAUUGAAAUCUGAAUUGUUUAAGAGAUCUACAGUAAAUCUGAUUGUUAUUGUUUUGAAUAAGCGACCUCUAGUGACAAAACUUGCAUACUGUACCUUUAAGUCUGCACAGUUCAUGCUAAUAUUACUAGUUUAAUAUUUGAUCAUAUUUUUUUGCAAAAACCACUGAAUGUUUUUUCCAUUUAAAAUAUUUGACUAUCUCUUGUGUGAUGUUUUAACAGAGAGCUGAAGAGUACAGUCACGUGGAGUAUGUCUGUCAGCAUGAGAAGAUGAUUCAGUCUUUACCAGAUCCAUCUGUGACCAUUUUAUAGUAAACUCCUGCAGUCUAUAGUAUUAAUAUUGAGAUUGAUAUUAAGAUCAUCUCAAGACCUUGUUUUUGUCUUUUUAAUAUAUUCAUUGUAUAAAUUUAGUCAUUUUAAGAAUAAAUCAAUGUAUGAUUCACUGUUGUAAUAUUUGUGACAUCAUGCAUUUGUUUGAUGGUUAAAAAAUUUCUUUAGUUUUCAUCAGUUUUGGUGUGUAAAAAAAGGGAGAAACGCUGCUAACAGACAAUUUUUUCAGUAUUAACAGCACUGUUAUCCAAAACUGAGUAACAACACAUUUUGUCCAAGGCUGUGAUCUGUUCUGUGACAAGUGGGACUGGUUCAUGAAACAAAUACUUCAAAAUUCAAUAAAAAGUGCUAUCUUCUUGAUGCAAAAACUGAUCCAAUGAGAUCCAGGUAGUCCAGCAAUGAUUAUGUCAGAGAUCAAAUUUGAAUAAGGAAUAACAAAUUUAGUAAGUAAAAAUGUAAAAUUAUAGAGACAAACAAAUUAAUCAAGUAAAUAAUAGUUUAUAAGAAAAUCCAAAGUAUUGUAUAACAGAUGAAGAGUGAAGAUCAGAGCAUAGAGAAAGGAAGAACGAAAGAAGAUCUCCGCAGAAUGAAAGGAGAAGAGGUAGAAGGAGAAGCAAAAUGCAUUAAGUAGAAAGGAAGUGAAGAGCAAAAUAAGAGCAACGACUGCAGGAAACGUACUUACACCCCCUUAAACUUAUGUUUUGGUAUAAUAAGAAAAGGUCAAACAGACUUAUAUCAUAUGUCAUAGUUAACGGCUAGGUCAGAGUGACUGGUCAAAUGUCAAAAGAUAGAUGAGAUUAGAUACAGAAGGUCUUGUUUUGACACCUUUAAGAGAUCUUGCAUUAUUCAAAGGUACAUCAAGUUCAAAUGAGCAACAAAUUCUGAAAACUUCAUUGCUUCUGCAGUUUUUGGAAGGCAUCCAAUAUAGCCACAAAUGUGCCAAUAUAACUUGUCCCGCUGAAACACUUGAAGAACAAUUGAAUAUAGCAAGCAUACUCUUAAAGAUAAAAGAAGAUACAAUGAAGAAUAACCAUAAAUGAGCACAAUAAAGAGUAAAUACUUGAAAAUAUGAUGAGGAUUAAUAUAUGGAGUAGGAGUACCUGAAUAUAUGAAAUCAAAGAUAAUGUGAUAAUCAUAAGCCAUAAAUGAUUAACAUGAAAUCUGAAUAAAAAUGUAUAAAUAUUG